UGUAUUUUUUUAAAGCAGAAAUUGGAUGAAAGGGUAACAGUUAAGCAUUUUAAUUGCAUUUUAUGUUUAUUAAUUAUUGGCAAAACAUUAAUAGUUUUCAAACUUCUUACUCCCCUUCCGCCCCUCAAAAAUCGCAAACUGGUUACGCGGAACAAGAAUUUUGCUGCUGGCAGUUUUUUAACUCAUAUUUUGUUUGGAAUCUUCACUAUGGCCUCAGGUCUACCAAGACGAAUCACUAAAGAAACUAAUCGUUUGUUGACUGAACCUGUUAAGGGCAUCACAGCAGUUCCUGAUGAACAGAAUGCUAGAUAUUUUCAUGUGACAAUUGCAGGUCCUGGAGAGUCUCCAUUUGAAGGUGGUAUUUUCAAAUUAGAGCUUUUUCUUCCUGAAGAGUAUCCAAUGGCUGCACCAAAAGUUAGAUUUCUUACAAAAAUAUAUCAUCCAAAUGUCGAUAAAUUAGGACGAAUAUGCUUGGAUAUUCUUAAAGAUAAAUGGAGUCCGGCCUUGCAAAUAAGAACGGUACUUCUUUCAAUUCAAGCGCUACUUAGUGCGCCAAACCCAGACGAUCCGCUAGCAAACGAUGUUGCAGAAAAAUGGAAAGUUAACGAAGAGCAAGCUAUUGAAACUGCACGUGCAUGGACAAGAUUAUAUGCUUCAGCCAACACACAAUAGCGUCACAGACAAUUUUAGGUGAUCGAGAUUGUAUGGAGUUUUUCUUCGCCUCAAAUUUAAAUGUCGCUUAUGUGUAAACUUAUUUUGUAAUGCAAACAAAUGUGAACUUAUUAAA